UCAUUGUCGACUCGAAGGAGCUCGAGCUGUCAUAGUCAAACGGAGCAUUUGAGGAGAUUCCGCGGUUCAUUUGGGCCCAGAUAUAACUUGACACAGCUUUUAAGGUUCCAUAUGAGUAAACGUUAUAUGCACAUGUAAUAUGUCAUGGGGAAUUCUUCUUCCUCAUCAUCAUUGGCACCGAAGCACAACUGUCAGGUGGUGAUAGUAGGGGGUGGUUAUGGUGGAGUCAAGCUUGCAAUAGACUUGGACAGUUAUUGCAAGGUUGUUCUCAUCGAUCCUAAAGAUGCUUUCCAUCACAACAUGGCAGGAUUACGGUGUAUUGUGGAACCAUCAUUUGUCAACAAGACUCUGAUUCCUUAUGAAGGUGUUUUAAAGCAUGGGUCCUUUGUGAAGAACCGUGUGGUGAGUUGUAACAUCUCCAGAAAGACUGUGACACUAGCUAGCAGUGAAGAAAUCAGUUAUGAUUAUCUUAUCUUUGCCUGCGGCUCAUCUGUACCAUUUCCAGGUAAAGUUCCCCUUGGAACAAGCAUGAAAGGUGCUCAACAGCUCUAUAGAGAUUGUGCAGACCAGGUGACAAAGAGUAACAAAAUUGUUGUGAUUGGUGGUGGUCCUGUGGGAGUAGAGUUAGUAGGUGAAUUAGCCACAGACUUCCCAGACAAGAAAGUUACUCUAAUGCACAACAGGGAGCAAAUACUGGAUGACAGAUUGUCACGCAAGUUUGUUAAAAGGAUUCAGGAUGGAAUGAAGGCUCUGAAAGUGGAGACAGUCCUUGGGGAGCGAGUUGACAUGGAUGACCUGAAUUUUGAUUCGGACAAACCAUGGAUCACAGGGCCAGUGACACUUACUACAGACCAGGGGACCAGUGUGCCUGCAGAUCUGGUGUUCCGCUGUACUGGACUCAAGGUCAAUUCAGUUGCUUACCAAUCCAAACUCUCAGACAAGAUGGAAAAGAAUGGAAGUCUUAAAGUUGACAGAUUCCUUCAAGUAGAAGAGAUAGAAAAUGUGUUUGCCAUUGGAGAUUGUAACAACACCCCUGAAUUGAAACUGGCAUACACUGCAAAACUGCAUGCUGAUGCAGUUGCUGAAAAUAUCAAACGGCUUAAUGAAAGCAAACGCCUGAAAGAAUACAAGCCUGGUAAUUCAGCCAUGUCCCUACCUCUGGGACGGAAUGGAGGAGCGACACAGCUUCCAAAUGGAAUGGUUGCUGGAAGCUUCUUAACCAAGUCCCUCAAAGGAAAGGAUGUCAUGACACCAAGCUUCUGGAAGUUAAUGAAACAGAAAAUGCCAUCUAAUUGAAUGGCUUAACUUUUGAUGGACUAUUAUGGACUCCAGAAACAAAUGGACCCUUGCAUGACUUGAUCACAAACUUGUGGAUCAUGAAAGGUUGUUAUGAUAUGCAGUGAUUUAGAAGGUACUAGAAUUUAUGUGCAACAUUAUAGCCAAGUUUGAAGGCUAAACAACUGUUACAAAUUUGUAUGCAUGAAGUCAUCCAGCACCUUUUUCCUCUCCUUGCAAAUGCUGUUAAUUGUGACACCAAAAUAACAGCAAAAUCUGGCAUUUUAAAGAUGUGGCUUACCAAUUCAUCAACUUCUUUUCAUUUUAUGCCAUUUUGUACCACAACUAUUUUCCAUGAUUGACUAGUUCAUGUGAUCAAGUCAUGCGAAAGUCUCUACUCUGUACAUUUUAUGUUAAUAGUGAUAUCAGUUGCUAAAGUGUGUGGGUGACACCACUUCUGUCUUAGACAGAAAGUUGCAAUGAUAGUGAAAUGAAGCAUCACCCCAACUUCACAAGGGGCUACAAUCAGCAAUGAAGUUGUUGACACAGAAAUUUUUGUUCCCCCUCCUAUAAGUCAUUUUUAUUCCUUUUGACCUUGUGACCAUAUUCUAUUUAACCCCCCUCUCCCUGCCCUGUUUGCUGUGACCUUCUGCCACAAAAAACAACACUGAAUAGGAGGGGACUAUCUUAACAAUAACUUAGUACAAAUAACCAGAUUGUGUGAUAUUUUAAUGUAUUAUUUAGGUACAAGGUGUGCAUUAAUUUUAUUGUGAAUUAUAGCCUCAAACAUAAUACAUAUGGUGCUUGAAGAGCGGAAGUUUUGGGGAACUGUUUGUGGUCCUGUUGUAAUAAUGAAUUGUACAUUGUGUUUCAUAAGUUGAGCACCUGUUAAUUUUAAAUUUGACAGCACCUUUCAUUUAUUUUGAAUAGCAAGAGCCUACACAUAGUCUUAUUUAUUUUAAUCAUUUUAGAGAGAUUUUCAAUUUGGUGUAAAUAUAUUUAAUCAAAAUAGCCCAUCAGGAGAAAGACAAAUAUCACAAGGAACCAUUGAAAACUCAAGGAAGGGGAGUGUAAAUGCCUUGUAUGCAUAAAAACACAAAUUGAGCAAGUGGCAAUUGGUUUUGUUUUGGUUGAGAGGAUUGUGAUAGUUUUGUCUGAUCACAAAUCAACGUCAACUGUGGGCUUCUUUUCACCCAGAAUUGAAAAUUCCUAUAAGUUAUUUAUUGUCAACUUUCUUCUUUUCAGUGAGACAAAGUUACCUGUUACCCAUUGUCUCGGACUUAAGAUCCAAAGGGGUCUGGGUACGAGUCUUUGUUAUUAGAAGUGUACCUAAGGUAGAUAUUACCAUGGGGGAUGGGGAGGGGAGUUGGCAGGGACUGUACAGAAGUCUUUAUUUGCAAAGAAUGUUACCCUGAUGGAAGAAAUAAACGAUUCUGUGUAUGCAACCUGCU